AUGGAUGGGAAUUUGCUGCCUAUAGAGGGGUGUCCUCCCCUUCAAAGAACUUACAAUGAUUUAGGGCCACAUCUUCCUACUAAGAAAUCUAAAAGGGGUGUUCUUUUUUUUGAGGUGGAGAUCCUGGAUGCCAAGACCCGCGAAAAGCUGUGCUUCUUGGAUAAGGUAGAGCCCAAUGCUACCAUAGCCGAAAUCAAGACUCUCUUUACUAAGUCUCACCCUCAGUGGUAUCCAGCCCGGCAGUCCCUGCGACUAGAUCCCAAAGGAAAGUCUUUGAAAGAUGAAGAUAUCCUUCAGAAUUUGCCGGUUGGUACAACAGCAACACUAUAUUUCCGGGACUUAGGAGCACAAAUCAGCUGGGUGACUGUAUUCCUCACAGAGUAUGCUGGGCCUCUGCUCAUCUACCUGCUCUUUUAUUUCCGGGUUCCCUUCAUUUAUGGCCCAAGAUAUGACUUCACCUCCAGCAAGUAUUCUGUUGUUCACCUGGCUUGCAUUUGUCACUCUUUCCACUAUGUCAAGCGCCUCCUGGAGACCCUUUUUGUCCACAGAUUCUCCCAUGGAACAAUGCCCUUACGUAACAUCUUCAAGAAUUGCACUUACUAUUGGGGCUUUGCAGCCUGGAUGGCAUACUAUAUCAAUCACCCUUUAUAUACGCCACCUGCAUAUGGACAUGAACAAGUGAAAUUGGCACUUAUCAUAUUCCUGUUCUGUCAGCUGGGAAACUUUUCUAUUCAUAUUGCUUUACGGAAUCUUCGCCCUGCUGGUUCAAAGACCAGGAAGAUCCCGUUCCCUACCAAGAACCCAUUCACAUGGCUUUUCUUGCUGGUCUCUUGCCCCAAUUAUACCUAUGAGGUAGGGUCUUGGAUUGGCUUUGCCAUAAUGACUCAGUGCCUUCCAGUGGCUCUGUUUUCCUUGGUUGGAUUUAUUCAAAUGACCAUUUGGGCAAAGGGAAAACACCGAAGUUAUCUGAAGGAGUUCCGGGAUUACCCACCACUACGUUCACCCAUCAUCCCCUUUCUGCUCUAAGCCCCUUUCUGCACUAAAAUAUCAUUCUGGGCUGGUAGUUUCAUUUUUGUUUUUUAUCUUCUUGAGCAGCUGUUAUUGGAGUCUAAAACAGGAUUUUCUUUCACUGUCUACACUGUGUUUUGAGGGAGGUUGUUGGAAUUCCUUGCUUUUUAAAGUUAACUGCCCUUCCCUCCAUCAUCUUUGUCUUUACCUAUUCCAGAGCUAUAUUCGACUUAAAAUAACACUUCCCUACAGGCACCAUGAAGACAAACACUGCAGCAGAGAACAGAGGGAACAAUCCAAUUUUACAGGGAAAAAAGUUUAACAGCUGCUAGGCAUUAUGUCUGUAAGAGCUGGUACCAUAAAUGAAGUCUAGGCAGCUGGACAUUGGCCAAAAGUGAGUACUUAGGGUAGCAAUCUUAGCUCUAGUCCUCACUAAUGAUAAUUUUAGAAAAGUUGUCUACCCAAAUUGUGCCCCACUAUGGACUUGAAAGCAGAAAAAUUCUUUGGGAUGCAUGGUGCCAUUCCUAAACCAAAUAGGUCUUUUCCUGGGAUCAUGCAGUGCAGCUGCACGAUCCCAGGAAAAGGCAUGGCUGCUUUAAGGAGUUACAGACUGAUGCAGUGAUCAUGGUCCUGUGUGCUAUGAAGCACCUUUUUGCAUUUGCAUUCAAAGCACAACACAGCCUAUCAGCUCAGCUUUGGGCAUUCUCCUAGUAGUAAAUACUGUUAUGGCUUUUUUUAUUGUGGAGUGGUGCUUGAUACUAAAAAAUUGUAAUUUUUUUUUCUGGUGGGAAGUAGACUGAUUAAAAUCAGUUGCAAUGCUGCCUUCAUCUCUUUUAUAGGAUGGCCUUGUAUCCCUUUUUAGCCCUUGCUCAACUAGUAGGCACUGGUGCUUGAAACCAAAAUUGAAAAUGGCUCAAUUGAAUGACAAUAUGAAUAAUUUCAUAAAGGCAGAAUACAUUAUUUAAUUAUCCCAGUCAUAGACUAAACUUAUGACAUGGCAAAGUUAUCUGGGGAGUAUUCCCUGCUGUGAAGCAAAGGAGGCAAAUUAGUUAUGAUCCAGUAGUAGCUCUAGUGUUACAUAGGUUGUUUCAGUCCUAUCCACCAAACUGGCCCUUUGUCAUCAUCAAAAAUCCUUUUCCUAGUAGAGUCUGAUAAGCACUGAACAGCAUCUGCUAGGUAGAAGUGUGUACUUUAAGUUCACUCAAUUUUGGGUGAUGGUAGAAUAGGCCUUCUGUAGUCAAGAGAAGAUGAUCUUGAAAUGCAGGUCUAACAAAUACAGUCUUAUGCCUAACUAGCAAUAAUUGUGUAUCUUUCUGUAACACAGGCCUGCUGAAAGGUGUGUGGACAUUACAAAUGACAUCAGGGCAACUAUGGAGAUAUACAAGUGAAACUUUGAUUUAAUGGACCAGAUGGGGGAGGGGGGUUGUUAUUUCCAGUUGUCCAUUAAAUUGGAGAGUAAGUGAUCAACAACAAUGUAAUUAUGCAAAUGUUGCAAAUUAUAUCACUUGAGUGAUUUAUUCUGUUUGCAUGAUGUACUUAAAAUUGCUCUGAGAAAUUUUGGGGGGGAAAUCCUGCUUUGAAAUUUGACUUGUAACGAUUUCUAGCACUAAAGAGAUAAGGAAAGGCCUAUUAUUCCUCCUAUAGAAAAAUAUUCAGUGUUACAGAACUGAAGCCUCUUAGGAUUGGACUGCCUUCUUGAGAGGUUGUUGUUUAUUUUUCUGUUUGUCAUUGUUAGUAAGGUUGUGAUACUACAUACAGGUAGUCCCCGGGUUAUGAUGGCAUUUGGGACCAGGAUUGCCAUUGCUAAGCAAUGCAGUCGUAAAGUGUGACACCAUGUGACCUCAUCGCUUAGCAACGACAAUCCUGGCAGUCCCAGUUGCCAUCAUAACCCCAGGAUGGGUGGGUUGUUAAGUGGGAAACAGUGUGAGUCCCAGGUAAGGAACAGUGCGGGGAGGCCUUGGAGGGCUGGCACAGGCCGUGCAGGAGUUGGGGAGUGCUUGGGAGACCUGGUGCAGACUGUGCACGAGUGCAGGAAGACCGGGGGGGAGGGGGUGGAAGGUGUGGCAGGGCACGAGUGCAGGAAGGCUGGGGGGGUGGAUGGCACAACAGGAUGUGAGUGCAGGAAGGCUGGGGGUGGUGGAUGGCAUGGCAGUGCACAGGCACAGGAAAGCCGGCGGGGAGUUAACAGAGCCUCACGGAUCUUCCCUGCUGGCCUUCCCCAUUGAUUUUGCUUGUGGGAAGCCAGCAGGGAAGGUUGGAAAUGGUGAUCAUCUGACUGCAGGAUGCUGAAACUGUGGUAAGUCCAAGCCGGUUGCCAAAUGCCUGAAUCAUGAUCAUGUGACCGCAGGGCCACUGCAACGGUCGGUCAUAAGUUCCACUUGUUCAGCCCUGUCGCAGUUUCAAACAGUUGCUGAAUGAGUGUUUGGUAUGUGAGGACUACCUGUAUAUUUAAUUUGGAGGAAGCCCCAUAUGAAGUAGUGGGACUUGCUUCUAAACAAACAUGUCCACAAUCAAGAUGAAUGUUUGCCAUAGUCUUAGAUUAUGCUGCAUGUGAGCAGUGAGAUAUUGGAAAUCUAGGCUCCAAGACUGCUGUUAAAUGAGCCACUGACUUUUUGCUAUAAUCCAUUUCAUGUGGAACUUUAUUUGAACUAACCAAUAAAUAAUCCAGCCACUG